UCUGGGGUUGUUGCACUUGAAAUGCUUGUUGGUCCAGGAAUCGUGUUUGUCCCUGGUAGAGAGGAUUCGACAAUUUCACCAGAAGAAGGGUGCCUUCCUGAUGUAUCUGUAAAAGGUUUAUGUUGCAGCUUUUGCUCCAAUUCUCUUGAAUCUGGUCCAUCAGAUUUAAGAGCUAUCUUUCACCGAGUGGGAAUCUCUAACUCCGAUCUUAUAGUAGCAUUAUGUGGAGGCCUCAAACUGGCCAGAAGAGCUGAUGCGGAGAAAUCUGGAGGUCAGGGCCCUAAGUCUGCAGAUCAGGCCCCUAAGUCUCGAGAGACUUUGAAAUUUGACAAUUCAUACUUUAAGGAGCUCAACAAGAAGGGGAAACUUCCAGUGGAGGCCAUUGAUAAAGCUCUGCUUAACGAUCCAGAAUUCCGCAGUCGUGUGCAUCUUUAUGCAACGGAUGAAGAUGAGUUCAAAAGACACUACGUAGUGGCACACAAGAAGCUCUCUGAGUUUGGAUUACCGCAUUCAUCACUUUCCGGAUCAGCAUUUGAAAAUAGCACGUUAUGUUUGAAGAACAUGCCGGUGACAUUUGCUAUUGCAGCCGCUGUUGUAAUAUUCAGUGUCUUCUAUCUAAUCAAUAGGAAGCUGUCUGAGCUUGGAUUACCACAUUCAUCAUUUUCCGGAUCGGCAUUUGAAAAUAGCAUCGUACAUUUGAAGAACAUGCCGGUGACACAAAGGGUUGUUGGAGUUGCAGUUGCAGCCACUGUUGUAAUAUCCAGUGUCUUCUAUCUAAUCAACAGGAGGAAAGCUAAGAAGUAUUCAUCACAGCAGUUCCACUAACAUUGGUCCACCAGAACUCAAUAGAAAGAAAUAGUAAACCAGAAACUGAAUCUAAGCAAGAAUAAAAGAGACUGUUCUCCACUGAAUAGCUCCAUGUUUCAUCAACAAUAAAUCUUAAGGAUAUCUCCAUGUUGCAUCAAUAACUUGGUGUAUGUAAUCUACUGAUCAAAAGUAUUAGGGUGGUAUAAAAAUGUGCCUUUGGUGACUUUUAAAUAUUCAGAACUCUACAAAAGGUUUCAAUUAUUGUUCAUAGAUUGCACCACAUUUUCACAUUGACAAACCUGAUACUGAAAGAGUGAAAUUACUAUCACAUGAGAAACAAGAGAGAUUUUCAUCUUUUCCAAAUGGCAAACAAAACACAUCAUCCAAAUAACUAACAUUAUCUAGUCUUUCUUUGGAAGGUAGAAUAGUCCUUCUAUGUGGUUUCGGAGAAAUACUGCAGAAAAGUAAUUGCAUGUCUGAUGUCACCUCCACUCGCUUUCGCUAUUAGCUCAAUCAUAUCAACACCAAAUUCACACUUCUCCUUUCUGUGUAUAGUUAUAAGUGUUUUCUUGACUGAAUUGACAGUGACAGGGUUGAAGUUGACCUGAAAACCAUGAACUC